AUGCAGUCACCGAUUACAAACGACCCUAAAGUAGAAGUCUCUUACGGAAAGGAUGGGUUUAAAGGCGCUUGGUACAGUGCGAUUCUCGAAGAAACCCCAACCAAAUCAGGACCCGACAACUUACUUAGAGUCCGUUACACGACGUUGCUCAAAGAGAACACUUGGACUCCUCUGACCCAAUCCGUGGACAAGAGCUUUGUGCGACCUGUGCCACCGAAGGAUCUCAACGACGUCGUUGCUGUGUUUGAAGAAGGGUCUGCGGUCGACGCUUAUUACAAAAAUGGUUGGUGGAGAGGUCUGGUUUUGAAAAGGAAAGAGGAGGCGGAAGGUACAACAUAUAUGGUUUACUUGGAUUCAUCACAACAACCAGACUUGAUUCAGUGUGAGAGAAAGCAAUUGCGAGCUCAUCUUGACUGGACCGGUUCGAAAUGGGUCCGACCAGAGGAAUUGGUCAAUUCGGAGUUUAGUCCUGGGACCAUGGUGGAAUUGAGAGAACUGGAGUCAGACUGGUGCCCGGCAAUGAUCAUUAAGGAGGUGGUGGAGGAGAAGGGGAAGAGCUUCGUUGUCAAGUACUGUGAUCAUAACUUCUUGACGAAAUCAGGAAUCAGAACCGUUGAUUCGCGUAAAGUGAGGCCUAGGCAGCCUCAUUGUCCUGUUGGAGAGUGUGAAUUGUUGGAGAGUGUAGAGGUGUUUAAUGGCUCUGUAUGGCGUCGAGGUGUGGUAAGGGGAAUUCUUACCCUUGAGGGACGAUACAUGGUAACUUUUUGGGGAGCAAAGUCGGCGUCACAGUUCAGUUACUCAGAUCUUAGGCCUCCCAUGGAGUGGGUAGAUGGGAAAUGGUAUAAAAGACCAAAGCAAAAAGCCGGAAUCUUUGGCAAAUGUGACACUCGUAAAAGGAAAAGAGGAGACGUAGAGGACAAUCCAGACCUCAAUGAUACUGUGUUAUCCUCGGAUCGAACCCUAAUUGUGGUGAAGGAUUCUGCUGCUAAUGUUGAGGAUACAAGAAAGGUUUUGCCAUUUGCGAAGAAGUCACCGAUUUGGAAGGCAUAUGAAGCAAUGGAAGUCUUCAAAACAUUACCACAAAGUCCUCAUUUCAGCCCAUUAUCUGAGACUAAAGCAGAUUUCCGUGAAGGAUGCGCGUUAGGUAUGAUGGCUACUUUUUCGAAUUUACUAGAGAAAUUCAAGGAUUUGGACACAGACGUUACCAUAAGCGAACUAGAUAGCAUGAAAGACUCGUUCACCGAGCUAGAGCAGCAUGGAUUCGAUGUUGAGAGGCCUUUGCUGCGGAUCGAAAAGCUGCUGGCUUUUAAAGAUAGACGGGUGAAUAUACUGAAGAAACGAGAAGGUUUCGAGGAAGAGAUGAUGGUUGAAUCUAGCAAGAAGCGCGAGGCUGAGCAAGAGUUUAGUGAUAUGGAGCGCAAGAUGGUUGAAAUAAGGUACAAGAUUCUAAUCCUGCAGUGGCAAGAAGCUGAUCUGGGAGUACAAAAGAAGGUGGCAAAAGAACGGAAGGAUGCUGCCUACAAAAACAUAUGUGAGAGGGAGUCAUGUGGAAGAGAGCUUGGUGCAGAGCUUGAAGAUGUGGAGUUUGACUUUGAGACACUUUUGUCAGCUCCAUGGUAA